AGGGGGCGGGGCAGCGCAGCGUCGUCGUCGUCGUCCCCGCCUCCUACCCAGGGGCCGCGGCGGAGCCUUGGCGGCGGCGCUCAGUGCCUGCGGAGAGCGUCCCUGCGUCGGCAGCGGCCAUCCACACGCCGCGGCGCGUACCUCUCGGCCUCCCGGCGACCCCCAGCCGCGGCACCCGCGCUCGUUCAGCUCUCUCGCUCGCCCUCCUUCCCUGAGGCCUGCUGCGCCAUGGCUUUGGCGUUGGCGGCGCUGGCGGCGGUGGAGCCGGCCUGCGGCACUGGGUACCAGCAGUUGCAGAAUGAAGAGGAGCCUGGGGAGCGGGAACAGACUGCGGGUGACGCCCCUCCACCCUACAGCAGCAUCUCUGCGGAGAGUGCAGCAUAUUUUGACUACAAAGAUGAAUCUGGGUUUCCAAAGCCCCCAUCUUAUAAUGUGGCUACAACACUGCCCAGCUAUGACGAGGCUGAGAGAACCAAGGCUGAAGCCACCAUCCCUUUGGUUCCUGGAAGAGAUGAAGAUUUUGUGGGUCGGGAUGAUUUUGAUGAUGCUGACCAGCUGAGGAUAGGAAACGAUGGGAUUUUUAUGUUAACCUUUUUCAUGGCAUUCCUCUUCAACUGGAUUGGGUUUUUCUUGUCUUUUUGCCUGACCACCUCAGCUGCGGGAAGGUAUGGGGCCAUCUCAGGAUUUGGUCUUUCUCUAAUUAAGUGGAUCCUUAUUGUCAGGUUUUCCACCUAUUUCCCUGGAUACUUUGAUGGCCAGUACUGGCUCUGGUGGGUGUUCUUGGUUUUAGGCUUUCUCCUGUUUCUCAGAGGAUUUAUCAAUUAUGCAAAAGUUCGGAAGAUGCCAGAAACUUUCUCAAAUCUCCCCAGGACCAGAGUUCUCUUUAUUUAUUAAAGGCUGCCUAGAGCUUGACUGUUCAGUGUCCUUCUCUGGCAGAUGUCUUCUGGCAAAGCUUCCUGCACUGAUGAAGUCCCUCGAGAAGCGAGAGCACCUGCAGGAAGUGAAUCACCACCAGGAUGGAGGAACAGUCACCUGCUUUAAAAAAUAAAGUACUGUUGAAAAAGAUCAUUUCUCUCUAUUUGUUCCUAGGUGUAAAAUGUUAAUAGUUAAUGCAGAAUUCUGUAAUCAUCGAAUCAUUAGUGGUUAAUGUUUGUAAAAGCUCUUGCAAUCAAGUCUGUGAUGUAUUAUUAAUAAUGCCUUAUAUAUUGUUUGUAGUCAUUUUAAAUAGCAUGAGCCAUGUCCCUAUAGUCAGUAGGGGGCAAUCUUGCUUUAUUCAUCCUCCAUCUCAAAGCAGAUUUGAAAUUACAGAUUAGUGUAAGCUAUGGAUAAGGCUGGCUGUUUGAAAAGGGGUUUUCUCAAAAGUCAAAACUUUGGUUAUGACUGCAUUUCUGCACAUAAUCCAUAUUUCCUGUUCAAAUUAAUCUAGAAAUGCGUUUAAUUGUACUGUGUGUGAACAUCUGGAAGCAAAACCAUAGUGCAAAGUUCACUGUAAUGUUAACAAAAAAUGUCCUCAAUUGGUAAAUAAGCAUUACUUUUUCAUAGUCUAUAUUCAGAAAUUACCUUUUCAUUCCGUAGUUCUGUGUAGUUCAUAUAAAAUGGAAAGGGCAAAGAUAGAUUCAGAUUAAAUAUUAAAUAUUCUUCUGCAAACUGGAUAGAAUCUCAGAGGGUCAGGAGCAAAGAGUUAGUUUGGAACUUUUGAGAGGAUCCCUAACAUUCUGUACUCCUUGCUUUUACAACUGUUGUAACUGUAGAAUGAUGUGCUUGCUGCCCAAGUGCUAGUUCACUUUGGUUGGUAUAUUAAACUGUAAAUACAAUAGAACAUUAAUAAAUGUCUCUUGUGUAGCA